GUUACCGUGACUCACGGAAGAGGUGACUACUCCACGAUCAUUUUAACAGAAACAUUCUUUGUAAGAAAAAUGUAUCACUGGACACAUAGAUUAUCUUUUUCCACUGUAAGUGUACACAAACAUGAAUACUAAAUACUAAAGGAAAACAAUUAGAAAACGAUAUGACAAUCUCAGACCGGCUUCUGGUGUCGUCAUGCCAACCCACACAAACAUUUCAGCGUCAGCUACAGGCAAUGUAGGAGGUGUGUCUACGAAUGAGCUUAUAGUCAUGAGGAGUCAGAAACACCAGUAGUUUAGUAGUAGUUAGAAACACGAGUAGUGUAGAAGUAGUUAAGUCAUAGAGAGGAAGCAGGUUAAUUUUUCAGCUUUUUCUGUGAUAUAAUCCGUUAAGAAACAAGAAAAACAAAAAAUGGGGGGAAAUAGAGAAGUGGAAUAUAUGGAUACAUCUGACACCCCUGGGUGCUGGUAUUACCUGGCUGACUGUGAACGGUGGCACCAGUUUGAGAAACGGCAGCAACAAAAAAUGGGGGAAAAUACAGAAGUGGAUAUGGAUACAGCUGACACCCCUUGGUGCUGGUUUUACCUGGCUGACUGUGGACGGUGGCACCAGUUUGAGGAUGACCCCGAUCUCCCCUUUAGCAGUGAGGCUGUUGAAAAGUUUUACCUGAAAAACAGCAAGUCUGUUUUAAACACAUCUUCUUUCAGUGACAAGGGCAAGAUUGAUUUCUCUGCGAUGCUACUGACAGACCUCACCGCACGGAGGCAAAAAAGAAUCAAGAGGAGUUACAACACUGAAAAAAGGUGUUCCUGUUUCAGCCUUGCUCCUGUUUUCUGGGAAUCGUUUGAUCCCGAUUGUCCAUAUCAGUUAAUCCCUCUGAGUGAACACUCCCCCGAGUAUCAGACAGUGGAACAUUAUGUAAAGACUGAUGGGCUGUUGGACAGAACCAUUCUGUCAAUCUACAGGAUACAGAAUUUGGAUCUUUGGGAAUUAUAUUGCAGGAAAAAGAAACAGCUGAUGAGGAUUCAAGGCAUCAAAGAAAUUCAAGAAAGACGACUCUUUCAUGGGACUGAUAUCAAAAAUGUGGAUUACAUUUGCAAGUAUAACUUUGAUGUAAGGUUAGCUGGACAACAUGGCAACAUAUUUGGCAAAGGAAUUUAUUUUGCCAAACAUGCAACAUAUGCCGACAAAUACAGUAUGAGAAGCUCGGAACCACUGCCGGUUUAUGGCGGGAAAGCACAACUUGUACACUCUGGAAAAACUAAAAUUAUAUUUUUGGCUCGGGUGGUAAUUGGAAAACCAGUUGCUGGACGAUCUCAUUUCCAAAAACCCGAUCAUGGGAGUCCCGAAAACUUGCAUGACAGCUGUGUUGAUGAUGUCUCUCAUCCUAAUAUUUUUGUCAUUUUUGAUCCAAAUCAAAUAUAUCCGGAGUAUGUGAUUCAGUACAGCUGAGCGCAACAUGUGCAAGAUCAACAUGGCUACCUCAAACGGUACAUUUCAAGCAUAACUCCUGAUGGCUUCGAUGAAGUUUUUACAGCAUUUUGACAACAUUUUUAACAUUUUUUGACAAAUUUGCAAUAAACUAGGUCGUUCUCAGGAAGACAAUCAGUCAGCAAAGUUAUCUUUACAUUUCAAUACUUUGGAUCAGAAGUACUAAUAAAAAUGAGUUUAUUUACCAGGUGCUACUACUGCUUAGUAUUAGAAUAGUUGAAUAUAAUACUUGUGAUCAUGUAAUGUAGAUUCCCAUCUAAUUUAUUUCUAUUUAAUUUAGUAAUAAUAUAGCUUCAUAAAUAAAUAAAUACGCCAGCAGAACCAAA